CAGUAAGGAGGCUUUCAUAUCCAACUCCAAGGAUUGGACUAAUGGCGGCCAACAUAUCUUUACGCUGAGAGUAAAUCCAAAACAUAGCCCUGUUUCACUACAACCGCAUAGCCAUUUCAGUGAAAGGCAUCGUCAAAUUCAUACGGGAACACUGAUCUGAAAAGGGGGAGGGAAGGCGAAUUCAAGCAGCAAAUUGUGCUGGGACUUUCCUCUUCUUAAAAAUGGAUGAACACCCCGGCGGAGGAGUUGGAAUGGCCGCCUCAAGACAGCAGCAGGGGAAUAACAACGUUAAUCCCCAAAUCGGUAGUGGAGGUGGCUCAGGGAUGGGGCAGCAGCAAGACGACAUACCACGGCCACAGCAAUAUACCAUCCCCGGUAUUUUACAUUACAUCCAGCACGAAUGGGCCCGAUUCGAAAUGGAGAGAGCUCAUUGGGAAGUGGAGAGGGCCGAACUUCAGGCUCGAAUAGCAUUCCUACAAGGAGAAAGGAAAGGUCAAGAAAAUGUAAAGAAUGAUCUAGUUAGAAGAAUAAAGAUGUUAGAAUAUGCAUUAAAGCAAGAAAGAGCAAAAUACCAUAAAUUAAAAUAUGGAACAGAAUUAAAUCAAGGUGAAGUUAAGAUGCCUAACUUUGAACCAGAAGAUACCAAAGACACAGAGGUCCCUGCUGUACCCCAGAACAGUCAGCUGACGUGGAAACAGGGCAGACAGCUCCUCAGACAAUAUCUUCAGGAAGUAGGUUACACGGACACAAUACUAGAUGUGCGGUCUCAGAGAGUGCGUUCGUUACUGGGCCUAUCCGGCUCGGAGCAGAACGGCUCUGUGGAAAACAAGAACCUGGAGCUGAUCCUCAACGGAGGGGAGUCUCCAGCCAAACCAAAGGGACAAGAUAUGAAAAGGAAUCCAGGAGACGUUCUGGAAACAUUUAACUUCUUAGAAAACACAGAUGACAGUGAUGAAGAUGACGAUGAGGAGGGAGACCUGAUGGAGGAUAUAGACAGCGGCAAACACACAAUAAAAAAACACAAGAUAAAGGUUGGGAACGAGGGCCUGGCCUCUGACCUUCCAGACGAUCCCGACACGGAGGAGGCUCUGAAGGAGUUUGACUUUCUGGUGAAUGCAGAGGAUGGAGAGGGAGCAGGGGAGGCCAGGAGUUCAGGGGACGGGACCGAAUGGGCCGAGCCCUUACCGUUUCCCUCAGGCGGGGGCAAGUCCUUUAUCAUUGGCUCUGAUGACGUGUUGGAGAGUUUCCUGGGCCUGGGAGACCUGGCUGACCUCACCGUCUCCAACGAUGAGGCUGACUACAGCUAUGAUCUGCCAGCCAAUAAGGACACGUUCAGGAAGACGUGGAAUCCCAAGUACACCCUGCGCAGCCACUUUGACGGGGUCAGGGCUCUGGCCUUCCAUCCUGUAGAGCCUGUCCUGGUCACCGUGUCUGAGGACCACACACUCAAACUGUGGAACCUACAGAAGACCGUACCUGCCAAAAAAAGUGCCUAUUUCGAUGUGGAGCCCAUUUACACAUUCAGAGCCCAUGUUGGGCCUGUGCUGUCCCUGGCUAUGACCUCCAAUGGAGAGCAGUGUUACAGUGGAGGGAUUGACCACACAAUACAGUGCUGGAACAUCCCCAGCUCCAACGUGGACCCUUAUGACACCUACGACCCCAGCGUCCUGGCUGGAACCUGGCUGGGCCACACUGACGCUGUGUGGGGGCUGGCCUACAGUGGCAUCAAGAACCGCCUGCUGUCCUGCUCCGCAGACGGAACCGUCAAGCUGUGGAACCCCCAGGAGAAGAACCCAUGCAUCAGCACUUACAACGCAGAGAAAGAACACGGCAUCCCCACGGCGGUGGACUUCAAUGGCUGUGACCCCGCCCACAUGGUGGCGUCCUUCAACACGGGCAACGCUGUGAUCUAUGACCUGGAGACGUCCCAGGCUGCCGUGGUGUUCGCCGGUCAGGGGGAGAACACUCUGCCUGGAGCCAACCACAUCAACAAGGUAGUGAGUCACCCCACCCUGCCUGUCACCAUCACGGCCCAUGAGGACAGGGACAUCAAGUUCUUUGACAAUAAAUCAGGUAAAGUGAUCCAUGCGAUGGUGGCCCACCUGGAUGCUGUCACCAGCCUGGCUGUGGACCCCAACGGGAUCUACCUGAUGUCAGGAAGCCACGACUGUUCAAUCCGCCUGUGGAACCUGGACAGUAAGACCUGUGUGCAGGAGAUCACUGCCCACCGCAUGAAGUCGGACGAGUCCAUCUAUGACGUUGCCUUCCACCCGUCUAAGGCAUACAUAGCAAGUGCGGGGGCCGACGCCCUGGCCAAAGUAUUUGUGUAGUUGACAAGCUCUGCUCUGCCAGACUGAGCUGAGCGUGUAGACACAAAGAAAGAAUAGACUGCUUCACUGCCUUGUGUAACAAGAGUAGCAUUUUAUGACACUACAUUGACGCUGCCUCCCUCCAUCCCUAUUGAACUCUACACUUGACAGAAACCAGGUGCCAAGGAGACUUAUGCCAGGCAUGGUGAGUGGAGGAGCGACCAAUCAGUUGUCUGUUUUCGAACACAAAAACAUUUAACUGUAAUUUACUGUAAGUUAAAAGCUGGAGUUAAACAAGCCAGUGUAUGUAGCCUUUUGACUAGGUUUGAGCUGAGCUAAUAUCUGUCCUGUAGGUAUACUUCAGUGAUCAUGGACGGAGUGGCUGUCGUAUGCGUCAGACAGUGGGUCGUGAGAGAGAGAUCGAGAGGUCGGGACUGGGUCACGUCUUUUAAUCUGAUUCACACAACUGGGCUGACCCCGACCAUACUGAAUUGGCUUAGAUAUGAUCUUUUCACAUUGUUCUUUUCACCAUGUUUCCAGUAACUAUGGUGGAUUUGUGACCAGGCCAGUACAGCUCAGCUUGGCUCGGUUUAUCUCGCUAGUGUGAAAAGGGUAUUUAACAGGACUUGGCCACAGCCCCUGGUGGGCCGACCGGGAGACCCUGCGGCGUGGAUUCAGUUCACGCUAAACACGAGUCACAGGCGUCCCCCUCAACAACCAUGUAGCGAGAGAAAAAAUAAUAUGAAUUGAACUAUGUCAAUCAACUUCACUUUAGCAUAGGUUACAUUACAUUUUUUGUGGGGGGAAAAAAAAAAGUUUUUAUAA